AUGGCCAACUUGACCUCCAUGAGUGGAUUCCUCCUCAUGGGGUUUUCUGAAAACCGUAAGCUUCAGAUUUUACAUGCAUUGCUGUUUUUGGUGACGUACCUGUUGGCCUUGACAGGCAACUUCCUCAUCAUUACUGUGACCAUCUUGGACCAUUGCCUCCAGUCCCCCAUGUAUUACUUUCUGAAGCACCUCUCUGUCCUGGACCUCUGUUUCAUCUCUGUCACAGUGCCUCAGUCCAUUGCAAAUUCACUUAUGAACAGUGGGUACAUUUCCCUUGGUCAGUGCAUUCUUCAGGCUUUCUUCUUCAUAGCCCUGGCGUCAUCAGAAGUGGCCAUCCUCACUGUGAUGUCUUACGACCGGUACGUCGCCAUCUGUCGGCCCCUGCAGUAUGAGACCAUUAUGGACCCCUAUGCUUGUAGGCACGCAGUGUCAGCUGUCUGGCUUGCUGGGGGCUUCUCUGGGCUCAUGCAUGCCGCUGUGAACUUCUCCAUACCGCUCUGUGGGAAGAGAGUCAUUUACCAGUUCUUCUGUGACAUUCCUCAGAUGCUGAAACUAGCUUGUUCUCAUGAAUUCGUCAAUGAAAUUGCAGUGGCUGCCGUCACAACCUCAGCAGCGUUCGUCUGCUUGGUGUCCAUAGUGCUCUCCUACAUCCGCAUCUUCUCCACCGUGCUGAGGAUCCCAUCAGCGGAAGGCCGGACCAAAGUCUUUGCCACCUGCCUCCCACACCUGUUUGUAGUCACCUUCUUCCUCUCCACGGCAGGCUUUGAGUUUCUGCGGCCCCCUUCUGACUCUCAGUCAGCCAUGGACCUCAUGUUCUCCAUCUUCUACACGGUGAUACCGCCCACACUCAAUCCGGUUAUCUACAGUCUGCGGAAUGAAGCCAUCAAGGCCGCUCUGAGGAAGAUGCUGUCGAAAGGAGAAUUUGCCCAGAGAAGGAUAUAUUUAAAAGCCAUUUUUAAAUUCUGA